AAUACUUGAGGAGCGAGACCGCCUUUCUAGAAGAGUUGGUGUUUGGAAGUGGAGAUACCAUUGAACUUUCCUGUAACACCCAAGGCUCUUCUGUGUCUGUUUUCUGGUUUAAAGAUGGUAUCGGGAUUGCACCUACCAACAGAACUCAUAUUGGACAAAAACUGUUGAAGAUAAUCAAUGUGUCAUAUGAUGACUCGGGGCUGUACAGUUGCAAGCCAAGGCAUUCCAACGAGGUCCUGGGAAACUUUACAGUCAGAGUUACAGAUUCCCCUUCAUCGGGUGAUGAUGAAGAUGACGAUGAUGAGUCAGAAGAUACAGGUGUCCCCUUCUGGACCCGGCCAGAUAAGAUGGAGAAGAAGCUGCUGGCAGUUCCUGCCGCCAACACCGUUCGCUUCCGAUGUCCGGCGGGUGGAAACCCAACCCCUUCCAUCUACUGGCUGAAAAAUGGCAAGGAGUUCAAAGGAGAGCAUAGGAUUGGGGGCAUCAAGUUGCGACACCAGCAGUGGAGCUUGGUGAUGGAGAGUGUUGUGCCAUCAGAUCGAGGAAAUUACACCUGUGUUGUGGAGAACAAAUAUGGCAACAUUAGGCACACGUACCAGCUUGAUGUAUUAGAAAGGUCGCCCCACCGACCAAUCCUGCAAGCAGGGCUCCCUGCCAACCAGACUGUGGUGGUAGGGAGCAAUGUGGAGUUUCACUGCAAGGUCUACAGCGAUGCCCAGCCUCACAUCCAGUGGCUGAAACAUGUGGAAGUCAACGGCAGCAAAUACGGCCCAGAUGGGACACCCUAUGUCACUGUGCUGAAGACGGCAGGUGUUAACACAACGGAUAAGGAGCUAGAGAUUCUGUACUUGCGAAAUGUUACUUUUGAGGAUGCUGGGGAAUAUACUUGUCUCGCAGGGAAUUCUAUUGGGUUCUCACAUCACUCUGCUUGGCUGACGGUGCUACCAGCGGAGGAGCUCAUGGAAAUGGAUGAUUCAGGCUCAGUGUAUGCUGGCAUUUUCAGUUACGGCAUUGGCUUUAUUCUCUUCAUCCUGGUGCUGGCCAUUGUGAUUAUCUGCAGGAUGAAAAUGCCAAACAAAAAAGCCAUGAACACCCCCACUGUACAGAAAGUCUCCAAAUUCCCACUCAAGAGACAGCAGGUGUCGUUGGAGUCCAACUCUUCCAUGAAUUCCAACACGCCCCUGGUCCGGAUCACACGUCUCUCCUCCAGUGAUGGGCCGAUGCUGGCCAAUGUCUCCGAGCUGGAACUACCUCCAGAUCCCAAGUGGGAAUUGGCACGCUCUCGCCUGACCUUGGGGAAGCCACUCGGUGAGGGGUGUUUUGGCCAAGUGGUGAUGGCAGAAGCAAUUGGGAUCGAUAAGGACAAGCCAAACAAGGCCAUCACAGUUGCUGUCAAGAUGUUAAAAGAUGAUGCCACGGACAAGGACCUUUCUGACCUGGUCUCUGAGAUGGAAAUGAUGAAAAUGAUUGGGAAGCAUAAAAACAUCAUUAACCUCCUUGGUGCCUGCACGCAGGACGGACCGCUCUACGUGUUGGUGGAAUAUGCAUCAAAGGGGAACUUGCGGGAAUACCUCAGGGCACGUCGCCCACCUGGCAUGGACUAUUCCUUCGACACCUGCAAGCUGCCCGAGGAGCAGCUGACAUUUAAAGACCUGGUUUCCUGCGCCUACCAGGUGGCCCGGGGCAUGGAGUACUUGGCAUCUCAGAAAUGCAUUCAUCGCGACUUGGCAGCCAGGAACGUGUUAGUCACUGAAGACAAUGUGAUGAAAAUAGCUGAUUUUGGCCUCGCUAGAGACGUCCACAAUAUCGACUAUUACAAGAAAACCACCAAUGGUCGGCUGCCUGUGAAAUGGAUGGCUCCAGAAGCUUUGUUUGACCGGGUCUAUACUCACCAGAGCGAUGUCUGGUCUUUUGGAGUGCUACUAUGGGAGAUCUUCACUUUGGGAGGGUCUCCAUACCCGGGAAUUCCCGUUGAAGAACUCUUCAAACUCUUGAAGGAAGGCCAUCGGAUGGACAAACCCGCAAACUGCACCCAUGAUUUGUAUAUGAUCAUGCGGGAGUGCUGGCAUGCCGUCCCCUCGCAGCGGCCAACCUUCAAGCAGUUGGUGGAAGACCUGGACAGGGUCCUCACUGUGACGUCCACUGAUGAGUACCUGGACCUCUCGGUGCCCUUCGAGCAGUACUCACCGGCCGGCCAGGACACCCACAGCACGUGCUCCUCGGGGGACGACUCAGUCUUUGCACAUGACCUGCUGCCCGACGAGCCCUGUCUGCCCAAGCAUCCUCCCUGCAACGGCGUCAUCCGGACGUGAGGACCCC